GGCACCGCCGGGCCAAGAUGGCGGCUCCCAGCGGCAGGGCCGGUGAUGGCGGCGCGGCCCGGUACUGCCUGGUGAGCGGCAUCCCGGCCGCGCUCCGCUCCGCGCAGCUCCGCGCCUACUUCAGCCAGUUCCUGGAGGCCGGCGGAUUCCUCUGCUUCCACUACCGGCACCGCCCCGAGCGCCCGCCAGCGGGCGGCGGCGGCGGGGCCUCGGCGCCGCGCACCUGCUCGUGCCUGGUGUCCGUGCGGCCCGGCCGGGCCCGCAGCUUCGUCCGCAUGUACUCGGGGAAGCGCUGGCUCGGGCCCGGCGGCGCCGCGCUGCCCGGCCGCUGCCUCAUCCGCAGGGUGCGCCUGAGCCCCGGGACAGGGGGAUCUGUCACCGAUGGAUCUGUCACCGGGGAAUGUGUCACCGGGGAAUGUGUCACCGGGGAAUGUGUCACCGAUGGAUCUGUCACCGAUGGAUCUGUCACCGGGGAAUGUGUCACCGAGGCGGAGCUGCAGCGGCUGCCCGAGUUGAACCCCCCUCCGUUCAUGCCCUUUGGGAACGUGGGCACCCCCCUGGGCGUGUUCCUGGAGCUGAUCCGGGCCUGCCGCCUGCCCCCCCGCGUCAUCACCAAGCUGCAGCUGCGCUUCCCCAGGGCUGCCUCAGCCCGCAGGUAUGGCAACGUGCCCUUCCAGUACCCGGGCACCCACACCGUGCCUGGGGAAGGAGGAGUUUACACGGCUGCAGGGGAUGAGAUCACCGAGGGAGAGGAGCCCGUGGGGCUGACUCAGCCAGCCCGGCCCGAGGAUGAUGAGGAGGGGCAGCAGAAGGAGGAGGAAGAGGAGUCGAGCUCAGGUGAUGACAAUGACACGUGUGAGGAGUGGCAGCGGCACGAGGCGCUGCACGAGGACGUGACGCAGCAGGAGCGGGCGCGGGAGCGGCUCUUCGAGGAGGAGAUCGAGCUCAAGUGGGAGAAGGGCGGCUCUGGCCUCGUGUUCUACACGGAUGCCCAGUUCUGGCAGGAGCAGGACGGAGACUUUGAUGAGCAGACAGCCGAUGACUGGGACGUGGACAUGAGCGUCUACUAUGACAAAGAGGGGGGGGAUAAGGACGCCCGGGACUCGGUGCGGAUGUGGCUGGAGCAGCGGCUGCGGGAUGGGCUGGAGGACGGCUCCGUGGCAGGGCAGCACGUCGGCUCCUUCGAGAGACACACCAAGGGCUUUGGCAGGAAGGUCCUGGAGCAGCAGGGCUGGACAGAGGGGCUGGGCCUGGGGAGCAGCAACUCUGGGAUGGCCGAAGCUCUGGAUAACGAGGGGCAGAACCCCCGGUGCAAGAGGGGGCUGGGCUACCACGGGGAGAAGCUGCCAACUUUUAUCAGGAGGAAGAAGCCCCGUGGGGACAGCUCUGUUGUCAUCUCCACCAUCUACGAUGAGCCCGAGCCCCAGGACAUGGGUGACCAGCUGCUCCGGCGCCAGCCCCCCACGGCCAUGAAGUACAGACAGGACAUGGCCUUUGUCCGAGCGUCCCACCCCGCCCUGGGCAGCCUCAGAGCCCAGCCACGCUGAGCACAGCCUUUGUCCUGCUCCCCAGUCCAGGCUGGCUCCUGGCCUGAGUGUGAAUCAGGGCCUUUAUAUAUUUAUUUUUAGUAAAAAUACAGAUUUGUAAC